UCUUUUCACCCUCACAACUUUAUCAAUGGAUUUUGUUUCAAUGUGUUUUGGUGUAAAUGCCUCUUCCUCUCUCCCUGCAGUACCAAUCAUGGCCAGAGUCAAUGACACUCACAGCCAGGGCUGUAGAACCGUGUUUGGACACUAGGGACACGUCAUGCGGUUAAGCUAAAUAUGGCUGAGGUUUGCUAACGUAGCUGUUUUCCAUUUGUUUUGCCUUCGUCAGGUCAAGUACAAAAGUCAGUGAUGUUAUUUACAUUUGGAUUUUUGAAUUUAACCACAGUGGGACCUGCGUGUCCGUGUGUUCAUUUGUAUGCGUGUUAUUUUUACUUAUUAUUUUCAUAUUUUCAUGGAAUCUGCUGAGACACACGUAGAGAACAAUUACAGUUAGAGAAACAUUGAGUCGUCAUCAGUCGUUCGUACCAACGUGGUACCACCUGGGUGCCCCUCAUGGAGCCCGUGGUGGGGUAGGUUCUAGCAGUAAAACUGGCCAACAAGACCAGACGUGCUGAAUCAGUUACAUUUAUAUUUGUACAAGUGGGUUCAGUUAUCACGGUAAGAAGAGCGCCUCCUACUGGACGCCCCAGAACCUGACAGUGCAGAGUGAUUGGUUACAAAAUGAUGAUUACAUCAUUCAAGUGUGUAUCAAAACGUAGCUCUUCGGAUUUGUCAGUACCGUUUACAUAGGUCUCAGUUUAAAGAAAGGUCGGUGACCCCUGCUUUAACCUUUGACAUUAAAUUCUGGUAUUUUCUUUAGAUAUUCAGAUAUGAAAUAUAAACAUGUCAAUGACUGUUUUUUCUUUAUUAUUGUCAAUAAUUGUUUAGUUGUUUGUAGCCUGAACAUAGUCUCACGUUGUAGAGAUCAGAUUGUGGUUGAAUGUGAGUCUCUCUCUACGACCCUGUGAUGGAUCAGCCUGAAAACCCUGAACAGGAUUAGGAAUAGAAUAUAAAUAAACGGAAUUUGUUUCAUUUUCCCAUAGACCUGAAAUGUAAGUCAAGUUAGAAACUCUUUUAUAUGUGUAUAUAUAUAUGUGUAUGUAUAUAUAGCAGAGGCAUUAAGGGAAGUCAGAGUUGCGUGAGAAUGCACAAACAAACAGCAACAAAAGGUGAUAGACUCCAGGAUGACGACUGAUGCCUGUUUGUCACCUGAGGUAAAAUGUGAAAAAACAAAAAUAAACUGUAAAGAGCGAUCAACUGGGAGGGAUCAUAUCCUGUAUAAAUACGACACUGGACGAACGUCCUGCACAGCAUACACUUGGUUUUCCAGUCUAAGAGUGAAAGGAAAUCAAUACAAGAUGGAGAGACUGUUCUGUUUGGUUGUUGCUCUUGCAACAUGUGCUGCUCACAUAGAUCUAUCAGGAAAAGCAUUUAUUUUCCCCAAGGAGACCGACACGGAUCACAUAAAACUCCUGACACCCAAAACCGAGUUUACCGCCCUCACCAUCUGUAUGAGGUUUAUCUCCGAUCAGACGAGAACCUACAGUCUCUUCUCCUUGGCUACUCCAACAAAUUUUAACGCCAUGCUGAUCUACAAAACCAGGUUUGAUGUCCUCAGAAUCUUUGCCUUGGACCACAGUGUAGAAUUCACAUCACUGCCAAUGCCAGAGAACACGUGGCACUCUCUGUGUGUCACCUGGGAGUCUGGUGACGGACUGGCUCAGCUGUGGAUAGAUGGUAAACCAAGUGUGAAGAAAUUCCUCAUAUCAGGAACGCCCAUCAGAGGUCAUCCCAUCACCAUUCUGGGUCAAGAACAAGACGCUCAUGGUGGAGGUUUUGUUGCGUCUCAGUCUUUUGUCGGUAUGAUCUCUGAUCUCCACGUGUGGGACAACGUCCUGUCUCCCAUUGAAGUCCAACGCUACAUGAAGAGCAAACAAUUCACCCCAGGAGAUGUGUUCAACUGGGGGUCCCUCGACUAUGCAACCACUGGGGAGGUCUUUGUUGAUGAUGACCCAGAAGAUCAGCCAUGGUAGACCACCGUUCACCACAUUUGUUGCAAUAUCAU